GUCCGACCACACAUACAAUUUCAACAUCUCCAUGAGCUGCGGCGGCUGCUCCGGCGCCGUGGAGCGAGUUCUCAAGAAGCUGGAAGGUGCGUUGCUGUCUAGUAGUAUUCUGAACUCAUUGAUGAUUCACACCACCGGGCGGUCAGUCAGCUCACUGAUAACUAAUGAAUGUCUCCAAAACCGCAGGUGUCAAAUCCCUCGACGUCAAUCUAGAAUCCCAAACCGCCAACGUCGUCACCGAGCCUUCUGUCUCCUAUGACACCGUCCUCGCUACGAUCAAGAAGACCGGAAAGACUGUCAACAGCGGGGAGGCAGAUGGUGAACCCAAGGAUGUAUAGAUAUAUGGAUGGAUGGAUAUGCAUGCGCCGAUGACAACAGCCUACUAUUACCCACUGUGCUCGCGAGUUGCUUUUAUCCUCUAGAGAAGGUAGUGGGGAUACCUACUACCGUGUGUUGUGUCCCGCGCGGGGAGUCGCAGCUUGAGUUUGGGCUGGGCGGGGCUCACGUAUAAUGAGGGGUCUGUUUGGCAUGGAUGGUGACCCAGACGGAGGUUGGUGAGGGAUCGAUCGAUCGGGUUGUUCUAGUUGGGCUGCUUGGGACGACAUCUCUUGUUUAUAUGUUCUCUAUCUUCUUCUUCGUUUUUUU